GAGGCGGGACAAGUUGCCGCGGGUUCAGUGCCGCCACUGGAACCGGGAGAUGCGGCGCCGGAGCCGUGGCUGUGUUCCCUUGUGUUUGGGUGGCGCCUCGUCCCGUGUGUGUCUCCUCCUGCGGCUCGGAUCAUGCUGUUACCCUCGGACGUGGCCCGGCUGGUAUUGGGUUACUUACAGCAAGAAAAGCUCACUUCUACCUGCCAGACUUUUAUUUUGGAAAGUUCAAAUUUAAAAGAGUAUGCGGAACACUGUACUGAUGAAGGUUUUAUCCCAGCCUGCUUACUGUCCUUAUUUGGAAAAAACUUGACAACAAUUUUGAAUGAAUAUGUAGCUAUGAAAGCAAAAGAAACAUCAAAUGAUGUCCCAACAAUAAUGUCAUCUCUGUGGAAGAAAUUAGACCACACACUUUCUCAGAUCAGGAGUAUGCAAAGUUCCCCAGGGUUUGCUGCUCACCAGAGAGCCCGAACAAGGAAUGGAAUUGCAGAAAUCAAACGACAGAGAAGGAUUGCAUCUCAAGCAACUCCUGUCAGUUCAGAGUUACUGGUUUUGCCUUACGUUUCAGGACAAUUUACCACUUCUCCUUUGAUAACUACACAAACUGUUAAACCAACGGGCCAAAUUUCAGCUCCAGUUAGGUCAAGUUUUACAGUGAUUAACCAGUCACAGCCACAGAAUACUGUAACUGCUGGAGAGGCUUUAAAUAUCAUACCUGGUCCUCAGGAAAAGAAAACUCAAACAAGUUUAAUGUCUCCUGGUAGACGUAAAAGUGAAUCACAAAGGAAAAGCCUGACUUUGUCUGGACCUCAUUCAACAAUACGGAAUUUCCAGGACCCAAAUGCAUUUGCAGUAGAAAAACAAAUGGUUAUUGAAAAUGCACGAGAAAAAAUAUUAAGCAACAAAUCUCUUCAAGAAAAGCUAGCAGAAAACAUUAACAAAUUUUUGACUGCUGAUAACAGUAUUGCUCAAGUGCCUACUAAGCAAGCAGAUAACAACCCAACAGAGCCGGAGACUUCAAUUGAUGAACUUCUGGGACUUCCGAAUGAAAUUCAUAUGUCUGAAGAAGCAAUACAAGAUAUAUUAGAACAGACAGAAUCAGACCCAGCAUUUCAGGCACUUUUUGAUCUCUUCGACUAUGGUAAAACAAAGAAUAAUAAAAAUAUAUCUCAAAGCAUUUCUAGUCAGCAUAUAGAAAGCAAUCCUAAUACAGUUUUAGCAGAAGAACCUAAUCUUGCAAUUAAAAGUUCUUUUGAAAUACAAGAAUCUGGUGGACAAUCUGGUCAGCCCCCAUUUUGUACAUCCUAUGAAAAUGAAGAUGUAUUAAGUGAUUUGAAGAACAACAACCAUGAUGCACUUAGACAGGAAUCCCAGGAAAAUUUUUCCCAGAUAAGCUCUGACAUCCAGAAAAAGACCUUUAAAACAGUUGUAUCUACUGAACACAAGUGUAAUCUUGACAUACCCUUUGAGUCUGUGUCUAAUUUGAAUAACUUUAACCAGAGAGGACACUCUGGUGCUGAAUGUAGUCAACAUUGUGCUGAAUUAUAUGCCAGUCAGAUGCCCUCUGAAACUGAAAUAGCUAUGGAUAUUGAAAAGAAUUCUGUGUCUCCAAAUAUACUCAGUGAGUCUCAGUUAACUGAGUCUCAGUUACAGCCUAAUCAGCCUGAUAUGCCAGUUACUUCAUUUGUGACACUCAGUGGUGAAACUAACAAUGAAAACUUGAUUGUCUCUGGGAAAAGUUCUCAAAUUUUGUCCCAAAAUACUUCAUUAGCUGAAAAGUCAUCUAAAAGUCAAUUUUGUGAAAAUUCUAACAAUACAGUAAGAAAUACAACAAACACCCAUGGUUCCAAGUUACCAGAUUCUAGUGAAAUCCAUAACAGUAAAGUUGAAAUUAAUAAUGUAUCAUCAGUUGCAGCACAACUACCAGACUGCCACAGUGAUUCUUCAAUUCAAAGUAAAACAUUACCUGUGACUGUUGAAAGUUUAGAUUUGAAUGUAUCGAAUCAAGUGGAAAUUCAUCUUGAAGACUCAAGGUCUUCAGUUAAACAGCCAUCUAAUGAUUCAACAUCUAUUGAGCUAAGUCAUACAGAAAACAAAACUGAGCCAUGUAAGUCUGAGAAAGUCAUUUUGGAUUCACAAGAGCCUUCAUCCUCUGAAAAAGAAGGUGGAGAUACUGUUUUCCUCUCUUUAGAUGGAACUGAUAGCUGUGAAGAAGUUGCACUGAUGACUCCAGAAGGUAACCCAGUAAAUCUUAAUCACUCUCUUCCAGUAGAGUCUGGUUCAGUGGAAGGUUCUCCUGCAUCCCAAAAUGCUGAUAAUAAACCUAGUAACAACCCAACAGAGAUAGAUGCAUCAAGUAUUGUCUCUCUCAAAAUUAUCAUUAGUGAUGAUCCAUUUGUUUCCUCAGAUGCGGAACUUAACAGUGCUGUAUCUAGUAUCAGUGGAGAAAACUUGCCAACAAUAAUUCUGUCAUCUCCUAAAUCUCCUGCCAAGAAUGCCGAACUAGUUAAAUGCCUAUCUUCAGAAGAAAAUGCAGGUGCUAUUGUAUCUGUUGAAGUAGGGGAUUCAGCCUCAAUGGAGCAGAGUCUUUUAGUGCUCAAACCUGAAGACCCUGUAAUCAACAACGCUCCGAAAGAAGAUAGUGUUGCUUUUUCAGCCAGUGUUACACCAUGUGUUUCCAAGGAUGGAGGAUACAUACAGUUGAUGCCGGCCACGAGCACAACUUUUGGCAGUUCAAGUAACAUUCUGAUAGCUACUUGUGUGACUGAUCCAGCAGCAUUGGGAACAGCUGUCAGUCAGUCUAAUGUGGUGGUGUUGCCUGGAAACUCUGCACCUAUGACUGCGCCAUCUCUUCCACCACAGUUACAGACACCACCAAGGUCUAACAGUGUAUUUGCUGUCAACCAAGCGGUGUCACCAAACUUCUCACAAGGUUCUGCCAUCAUAAUUGCCUCUCCAGUCCAGCCUGUUCUCCAAGGAAUGGUGGGAAUGAUCCCUGUAUCUGUAGUUGGACAGAAUGGAAAUACCUUUUCCUCUCCUUCUCAGCAGGUCCUUCAUAUGCCUUUAGCAGCACCUUUAUGCAAUAGAAGUAUCCCUCAAUUCCCCAUUCCUCCAAAAUCUCAGAAGGCUCAGGGAAUAAGAAGCAAGCCUUGUACAGGAAAACAGGUAAAUAAUUCGGCAGAUUCAUCAAGUCUUACAGUUGGAUGUCAAGCACAAAGAACUGAAGUUUCUGACAAGAAUAUGGCCAUUGAACCUGGGAAGAAAUUGCAAGAAAUCGAAAUUCCCCUUUCAGUUGAAAGUACAGUUGCUACCAAGCCAUUUGAAAGCCACAGGCGUGUGCUCUGUUUUGACAGCCCUGCUUCUUCCAUAGCAAGUACACAGGGGCCAAGCCAGAAGAUGGUAUCCCAAAACAAAGGCAGGAAUGAAAUUUCCUUUUCUCAUCUUGACUCCCUCAUUGUGUCUUCCACCUUAAAACCCCCUCCUAAUAAUGGUACCAAAAGAGAGCGAGAGAAAGCUCCUAUGCCCAAGAUUUUAUCUAAGUCAGAAACUGCCAUUAGCCGUCAUACCACCAUAAGAGAAACUCAGACAGAAAAGAAAGUUUCACCCACAGAAAUGGCACUUGACUCUUUCCAUAAAGCAACAGCUAACAAAGAGAAUGAACUAUGCAAUGAUGGAGAAAGGCAGAAAAAUCCAGACACUUCUAAACUGUCUGUUGGUCAGCAAAAUGGGAGUUUACGGAAUGAGAAGACCAUAACUUCAUUGCAAGAGUUGACCAAAAAACAAGCCACACCAUCAAAUAAUAAAAACAUACUUUCAAUAGGUGGAGCUGUGAAGGAUCUAAAACAAGAACAAACGAAACCUGCCAAUUCUUUGACCACUGCAGAACUAUUACAGGAUGUUCAGUUGCACAGCCCAGUGAGUAGACUUGGUGACAGUGAUUUGCCUAUAACCCGGACACCUGUCUCAGGAGCAGGGGAAAAACACAAAGAUGAACCUAUAGAUGGUAUCAAGGCUCCCUCUAGUAGACGUUUUGGUGACGAAAGUAACGCAUCCAAAGUAAUGAUCCCUCCUGUCACUCCAGAUUUGCCUGCCUGCAGCCCUGCCAGUGAAACAGGCAGUGAGAAUAGUGUAAACAUGGCUGCCCAUACAUUAAUGAUUCUCUCCAGGGCAGCAAUCUCUAGGACUACUUCAGCAACUCCUCUGAAAGAUAACACACAGCAGUUCAGAACUACUUCCCGAAGCACCACAAAAAAACGGAAAAUUGAGGAACUAGAUGAGCGUGAGAAAAACUCCCGUACUUCUAGUAAAAAUCUUGCAAAUUCUUCAAUACCAAUGAAAAAGAAGAAAAUCAAGAAAAAGAAGCUACCUAGUUCAUUUCCGGCAGGAAUGGAUGUGGACAAAUUUUUGUUAUCGUUGCAUUAUGAUGAGUAAACAUAAGAACAGUAGUUGUUUAAAACUAGUAUCCCUUAAACUGUGAGUGUAGGAAAUGGGAUAUUGACAGAACCUGAAAACAUGACCUGCACUUUCAUUGUUCUGAAAUUUCACUUUAUAUCUAAUCCAUGCUGCUUUUGAAGCAGCUUCCUAAAGUGUAAAUAAAAUAGACUUUCUUGGUAUAUUUUUAUUUUAGAAAAAAAAAAAAAACAUGCAGAAAUGUAAGUAAAGCCAAUCUGCAAAACUGUAUAGUUUUGAUAACUGUGUAUUAUUAAUGUUGUGUAUAUCUUGUUGAAAUAGAGGUUAAUCACCCUAAUAUUCUUACACUGUUUUUUGACUGCCUAUGAUGCUGAGGUUUGCUCAUCUGGAUAGUUUCUCAUUGCUUUUGGAAGAAUAUGAUGCUUAUCCUUCAAAUUACCUUCAGUGAAUGUUUAGAUGACACUUAAAUAGGUAGCCAUUAAACACAAAAAAAUGAUAACCACCUCAAAUGGUUAGUAAAUUUUCUAAUUAGAAAACAGCAGUUUGAUGGAUUUCUUUCUAUAGCAUCAGUAUUUUACAACCCUUUCUCAAAAAUUACAGUAAAAAUCUAUAUUUCUGAAAUUUUAUACUUUAUUUCUCGUUGUCAUUCUAUUCUCUUUGUUUUAAAGAGAGUUUUUUUAAUAAACCAUUUAUUGAUUGU